AGUUCUUGUUUUGUAUGGCAGUUUCUCUGUUUCUCAUACAUUUUUGUAAAAAAAGAAAUUUAACUCGUCUAAUAAAAAAUGUAUUAUCAUACGUUAUGAAGACUGUUGCGUAUCAAGAGGAAUAAAGUCAUUCACGGGACGGGAUCCGGUAGUGAAUAACCUAUAUCGGGUUGAGAGUAAAUAUUUAUUUAAAUAAUUUGUGUGUGUGAGGAGACCAAGGGCUGACUGACGGACUAACUGACUGCUGGAGGAGGAGUGAGGACGAGGGCUCCCCCGCACUGCCAGUUGGAUGGUGUUCAAGACAGCAGUCGCUGUGAAGGCUGAGGGAGGUGUGGAAUUUGGACAGAAGGGCUUGAUGAUGGAGCUACAGAGUCUACAGGAGGCUCUCAAGGUGGAGAUACAGAUUCAUCAGAAGCUAGUUGCACAGAUGAAGCAAGAUCCACAGAAUGCUGAGCUGAAGCUACAGCUGCAUGACCUUCAGGCCAAGAUCACAGUACUGAGCGAGCGGCAGAAAAAGGUGGUGGAACAGCUGAGGAGAGAUUUGCUGGUGAAGCAGGAUUCAGCAGAGAUCAGGCUCCAGCCACACGCACAGCUCCCUCUACCAACCGAUGGCAAAACUGCAACAUUGAUCUCCAACCAGAACCAGAGCUCUCUUCCUCCAACUCAUCUCAAUGCUCCACAAAACCCAGUGAGUGUGACUCCAGUUAUUGCUACUAAGACUCUACCUCUGAUGCUGAGAGCAGCCACACCCACCACUCCCAUUGCCAUGAUGCCUACACCCACCAUCGCCAUGGUUACAACCCUCACCAAUACACCCCGCCCCAGCCUUCCAAACUCAGAUCCCCAGAAUUCACCAGUAGGUCUCCAGACAGCCAGCAAGCCAGCCAAUCAGGGAGCGGAGGCAGUGCGGAUUGUUCCCAAAAACACCAUUGUUGUAAUGCCCAAAACAUCUGUGGCUCCAGCAGCACUGCAGCCAAUUUUGGCCUCAUCUCAGCAGCCUGUGCUCCUUACUGCCAAGCUCAGCUCUGCUCUGCUGCCCUCAACAGGCCCGGUGCAUCAACUCCACAUUUUUAAUCCCCAACCUGGCACUGCCACUGUCCCGCCUGGAACCACUAAUGCCACCCAGCCAUGCCCUGGCAGUGCCCAGCCUGGCUUUAACAUAAUCCAGCCUUGCCCCAGCAUCACCAUGACACUCAGCACCAACAUCAGUCAGUUCAACACUAGCAGCACCAAACACAAUGCACAGCUUCCCAGCAUUCUCAUCUCACCCCAGCCCAGCAAACCCCACGCUGUAUCAUCUGCUCAAGCUAAUAGCGACUCUGCAAAUACAGGCACACCUCCCACAGCCCGGAGCUGCGAGCCCUGCCCUAAUACCCCUACACCUGAUGCAGUGGACAGAGUGGAGCCAAAGACAUCAACCAGCAGCCCUGCACCUUGCCCAGUUCCACUGAAAUCACCUGUCCCUCCUUGUACAACCUCGAACACACACACACAAUCACACACAAACACACCUGUAACUUCACACACACCCGCACCCAAAAGUCAGGAUAACCCGCUGAAACUGGCCUUCAUGCUUUCUCUGGGGCUCGUAACACACGACUAUCUGGAGGAGAUUCAGAGCAAACGUCAAGAGAGAAAGAGACGAACAACAGCAAAUCCGGUGUAUAGUGGAGCAGUGUUUGAGCCAGAGCGUAAGAAAAGCACAGUGUCUUACCUGAAUUCUGCUAAUCAAGAGUACAAUAAGAGAGCCAAUGAGGAGGGCUCAUCAGAGGUAUGUCAUACCAGUGUUUCUUCAUAUUUGUCUUUCCAUUUUAUUUUUCCCCCUUUUGUUGUCUAUCUCAUCUCACCCAGGUCGCCCACUCAAACCCAGCAGUGUGGUGGAGAGGGGCAUCAGCCCUUUGACCCCCACCAGCCUACACCCAGAGUGUGUGGGUCCUCACUUCCCCGUCUUUCCACAAUCCCUCUCAUCACAUCCAUCCCCAUCCAGCCCUCGUCUCAGCCUGAGCUCAGUGGGGGAUGCGCAGUGGGCAGUUACUCGUGUGACGCCUGCUUAUGUGUCUAUCACCAGGACUGCCUGGCGCCAACCCUCCACAUUGUGCCUCAGGGCAUGUGGAUUUGCCCUUCAUGCAAAAAGCAGAUUUUGAAGAAGGAGGAAGUGAUUGAGUGGCCUGGAACUCUUGCCAUAGUCCAUUCCUAUAUUUCUUACAAAGCAGAGAGAGAGCAGGAGAAACAAAGGCUGGAGAAGUGGAGUUCUGAACUGCAGCAGGAGAGAGAGGAGUUAGAGCUCAAAGCUCAACAGCUCAGUGACUCCAUCACGAUAUGUACAGAGAGCAGGAAUGGCGUUCUGGCCCGACAGCGGGAAAUGGAGGCCUCAAUAGAGAAGGUGAAGGAUCUAGUACGUCUUAUUAGGGGCAUUCAACUGCCUUCUCUGCCCCAAUUCUUGGCCAUGGGCAUUACCAAUGGAAAUCCAGGCACUGUUUUGACCCAACAACCCAUCACCACUCCCAGCUCGGAGGAAAACCAACAUCCAAAUAGAAAGAAUAGCACAAGCUUUGGUAGUCUCUCUGAUGUAGGCAACACCUUCACAGAUCUCAGAGAUACCUCAAACCUACACAACAAUCCCACAAAUACCAACAACAGCAUCUCAAGUGCUGAGAAAACCAUGGACACCAGUGAAACAAAGAACACUUCCAUUAGCCGACAUGGUUCUAUUACAAACACCUCUCCAACUCUCAGCAAUACACACAGCCAGAACACCAUGUGUGCCAGCUCAAACGGGACUCUAGAGCUAGAGGAUGGGUAUGAGGAAAGCAAAAACCAAAAUAUUGCCAGUGAUAAAGUCUGCAUAGGAGACGUAAAUACAAACAGCAUCAGGGACCUCAGAGAAAGUGUGGAGCCUCCAUUGCCUACAGUAAUGUCCAUGGCAGAGGUAGUACAAGGUAUAGAAUAGUAUCGAUAUUAAAGUGUGCACCCCGUUCUACCCCUUACACCCCAUAGACCUCCGAUCUAAAAGUGUCCUAAGUUAACAUUUAAUGUUUCUGUUCCUGUGUUGUCUUGUCUGUAAGAAUCCACAGUGCCAUUUUGGAUGAGCAGGAUUAAAAGUUCUAAAGUACCAGCACCUGAAAAAAUUAACACAAAUAAUAAUCAAUAAUAAUAUAAAGAAAUAAAUUAAGAGUUAUCAGAGUUUAAGAUAUCACACCAACGUGUGCCUGCUAUAGUUGCCAUUGCACCUCUUGGUUGGAAAGCUUAUGGAACAACUGAGCAAAGGCUUUUUCCAGCUAUUAAAAUGUUAGUGUUAGGACAUAAGUAGACAUGUGCCAAUAAUAUACAAUAGUUAUACAAUACAUUGAGAUAUUAAACAUGCACAGUCUUGUUAUUGUCGGCAAUAAUAUUACUAUGCCCUUUUGUUUUUUUUUCUUUUGGCAUGGGGUAGCAUAAGGACAGUGAAGUAAAGUUCUUUACUUGGGCCAGUUUUGAAUCCCUCACCACAUUUAGCCCUCAGAGUGAAAUCUGUUGCAUUAUUCUGUUUAUCAUGAAAGUCUAAAAUGUGCUGACUGAAUUGUAAAUUGCCAGAAAUCCUUCAUUGUUCAAUUUAGCUAGCUGUCAUAAUACAGUCUGGUCGGCAAACAGUUAACUCUUCAGCUGUUAGUCAUCUAGCUGUCAUCUAUGUAUUUGGUACAAAAACUAACUUUAUACAUAAAGCUAGUUUUGCUUUUAGAAUGCUCGUUAAUAUAUUCAUUCAUCUUUAGUAUCACUUAGUCCUGGUCAGAGUCACAGUGUGUAUCAAGCAGCCAGGACCACUGGGUGUGAGGCAGUGUUGUAGUCGAGUCACUAAACCUCGAGUCCGAGUCCAGUCUCAAGUCCCCAGUGUUCAAGUUCGAGUCAAGUCCAAGUCAUUAAAAAAAACAUUUGAGUCGAGUCUGAGUCCAUUGUUGAUCCGAGUCGAGUCCGAGAACAAGACUCCAACCGCACCAUUUGACGGUGGCUGUUUCAGCGCCAUUAACAUUAGUUUGUUCCUGAACAUGACGUAUGAACAGGUGAAUGUGCAUUCUCUUUGUCAAGGAGUGCAAAGUAUUCUGUCAGAGAUGGUUGGGAGACGGAUAUAAGUGCAGAAGGCGUGUUUAUUAAUAUAAGUGAAGACAGGUAAACAAUCCAGAACGGCAGGCAAAAUCAUAAAACGGUGAAACAGGCAGUAGGUUGAGCGAGGCACAAACAAGCUAUCGUAGUCUAGGCAGAAUCAAAGACGAGAAACAGAAAAUCAGGGAUCAGGAAACCAAACAAGGAAAUAAGGCUUGGUAAUGUGUCAGCAACGCAACUCAAUACUUCGCAAAGUAAGUGUGUUUUUAUAUAGGCACACUGAUUGCGCCUUAAUCCUGUGCAGGUGUGAGUCGUUUACGGUGCAUGUGAGAGUCUGCUUGGUGUGCAUGCUGUCCAGAGCGCGCCUGAGUGUGUAUCUGUUGCACAUGCCAUGGCAGGCAGGUGUGACACUCUUGCACAAAAUUAGUACAAAAAUGAAUGUAGAUAUAAAUAUCUUAUGCCAAAUUAUUAUGGCAUGUUACAAAAAAUAAAGAAAAAAUCCGAGUCUUCAUCUCCAAUUUACAAGUCCGAAUGCAGUUAAUGCACGAGUCCAAGUCAUCAAUGCUCAAGUCCAAGUCAAGUCACGAGUCCUUAAAAUUAGAGCACAAGUUGGACUCGAAUACUACAAGCCUGGUGUGAGGCAGAAAGAUAUCCAGGAUGGGAUGUCUGUCCAUCACAGGGCUUUCAUUUUAUUUAUUUUUUUAGCAACUUGAUUGUAAAAUAAAUGCACAAGAACUUAGAAGUUAUGAAUAUAAAAGGUUGCCAAAGGCUCUCCCUGCAAUUUGCAGUUAAAAUGGAGCGCCACAAGACAGCUACAGGUAAGCAUGUAGUCAUUAUUGAAUGUAAUAAUAUUGUGAUUACAUCAUAAACAUUUUUUAAAUAUCACAAUAUGAAAAUACUUAUUUUGGUACAUGUCUACUUCUGGUCCUAUCACUGUUAAAAAAAAAAAAAAAAAAAGAGUAAUAAGGCUGUUAGAGUGAUAGAAUCAGUCCAGUAAAGGUGUAGGGCUUUUUUCCCCUCUGGGCUCCAAAGCAGAGCAGCUAAGAGAAAGACAUGAACAUAAUUUAUAAGCAGGUCUUCCAGGUGUUCAAAAAGCUACACACCUAUUAGAUGUAUUUGUUCUAUUUAUAACGUCCAUGUGCAGCAAUUCUGUAAGUAUAUUUUUCAAUUGUUGUCUUUUCAAAUAAAUUACUCAGCUCUGUUUUGCCAAAUAUUGUUUGCCACAGGGACAUGUAUUUUUACUUUAUGGUGAUUAAAUAGAUGUAUGAAUAAUAGCGUUGUAUUUGUGUAGCAUCAGUAUUGAGGACAACUUAAUAAAACAGACACAGCCUUUACUAGUGAUGAAAAUGACGUGUUUGAGUGUUAAGGCAGUGAGUUUGGUGUUGGAUCUCAAACACAACUUUUACAACAGGAUUUCUAGUGGAAUGCUCCAUUUCUUUCCCUAAUAGUUUUUUUUUUUAUUAGACUAUAAUAAAUCAUUCACUUAGCUAAUAGGAUGACUCUAAACUCAGACUUUACAAUGACAUUGUGGUUAGUUUCCAUCUACAGGGUACCACAGGGCUGAUGGCAUCUGAACACUAAGUAAAGGUUUGUUAGUGAAGGUUUCUGCAGCAUACUGAUGGUAAGCAUUGUUUUGUGUCAUCUUUCAUCUGUGGGUUUAUCUGGCUCUGUGGUACUUUACUGUUGGUUUAUGCACAUUUUAUCAAAAGAAAUGUUUUAUUUGUGAAAUGAUGCUUAUGUAGCAUUAUACAAGGGCUUUCUAUUUUGUAUUGUUUUAUUAGAUGAAGUGUUAGCCUUCCACAUGGCGGCACUGUUAAGACGACUCAGAGUCAAAGCACAGGAGUGCGAGGUUUAGCUAAGAACCCAACAGCACAGGAACAUAAAUGAACCCAACACUGCUCCACUCAUCUGCUGUCAUAUCAUGUUAAAGAGUGAAUGAUCAGAGAUAUGCUGCAUUUGUAUCAUAUCUCUGAAAGUCUAUAGAUGUGAGUGUCAGACCAUUAUAAAUACAAGAUGGUGUGUUUUAUACAAGGCAAUGGCAACUUUUAUGAAACUUUAUGUCGAUAAUGAAGCACAACAGAUCAUGCAGAGAUGCAAAUUACAAAUAUAAAUGUGAUGCAGGUCUGUGUAAAUAUAAAUAGUACUGGUUGUGUCCUCGUUUCAACUCUGUGUGCGCGCACGAGUGUUUUACUACUCAGGCAAUCAACCUGUUUGGCCUGUAGUAGAGUUUUAAAGCGGUUGCCUUAACAUGCUCUUGGUUAACGUGAUGUUCCAGUUGGAGGAACAUUUGUGUCAGUGUGAUUUGGCAAAAUUACGUGUUUCUCUCUAGGAGUCAUUACUGCUUUCUGUUGCACUAUCAUCAGAUUUGAGUUGUGUAUCUUAUGUUUAUUUUGUUUUGGCCAGUGCCUAAUUUAAGUUUUAUUUAGAAGACUUUUAAUUUUCAUUACGAUGUUCUUGUACUUUCAGUUAAAACAAUGUAUUUUCUUUAUUUAUUUAUGGAGUGCUUUUGUGUCCAUUUCAUGGUUUAGUUGGUUUGAUUCAAAGCAGCCAAACUUAAUUUCUGAUCUGGUACACAAUAGUGUUUAGCAGUGAGCCAAUUAAUUUUCAAAAGCCCUGUGGGAGACAAAAUUUUCUAGGUGAAUAAAUGAUUGUUUGCAAGUGACGUUUAUACAGAUGUACAGUAUGUCAGUUUGCCAGAAUGGGACCUAAUGGACAAAAACUGGUGGGUAGCUUUAAGCCCUGUGAAAUUAAGGGGAAGGGGGAAAUUGCAGAUACAUUCAAAACUAUUGUUGACUGUCACUACAGCUGUGAGAGCUCAGUUGUGAACACUGAUGUGAAUUUUUCUACGGAUUUUUUUUCUAUGAUGAUGUCUGAUAUAAUAAAAGUGUGUUUUAGGGGUUGGUAAGGGAUUGCCCAUUAAAUUGGAUAUUUUCAAAUGUCAUCUUCAGCCCCUUGUUUGGCCAGGAAAUGUCAGGGUUUACUGAUAAGUCUGACCAUUUGUGUUUGGAUGUUUAAAGCUGUGGUGUCUGAAAGUGUGGAAAGUCUCUGCAUAUAUGUUACAUACAAUAGAGAAUAAGUGUUUGUGUCAUUUUCUUGAUCCCUAAAGUGUUUAAAAAAAUAAAAAAAAAAUUUAAAUGUGAAAUGACUGAAAAACCCAACACUGAGGCAGUGCAUUACAGUUCACUCAGUCAUCAUUAGGCUGCUUGGGUGUGUUGAAUGUUGAGGUCCCCAUUCACGUUUUCACUCAACACAAACUUGCACGCCUUCCUUUUACCAUUACCUCAUUAAAGGGCCUCUCACCUGUACAAAUUCAGGAAGGCAAUCAGAUAAGGAGUAUUGCACAAACACAACAUAUUCACAGUGGUACACCCUUGUGCCAAACAAAUUAUAAAGUGUUCAGUACACGAUUUACAUAGUUCUCUUGGAAAGAAGUGUUGAAUAUUUUUUCAUAAUGGUUUUAAGUAUGAUGUGAUGAAUUACUUUUUUACAGUUUGUAUGUUAUCUGGUCUUUGUUGUUUAGUGCUGCCUGAUGUUUGUUUAUUUGUUUCAUCAUAGAUUUCAUUGUUUUCUUUGUGUAAGUUAUUUAAUGCACAUUUACACAUCUUUCUUCAUGUUGAAGGGGAUG